CAUUUUUGUCCAGAAAAGUUGAGAUUGGGGCAUUAUUGAAAAAUCCUUAACCCUAAAUAAACAAAGAUGUAAUUGUUUGGAAAAGUUGAGGGCAUUUUGGUCCAAGAAAAAUUCAAAACCUUGCUAACCCCCCAAUUUGGAGGGUUGAGAAAUGAGGGUAAAUGGAGGUUUCUCAACCCUCCAUUUAACCCUCUCAUACCCUACCCUCCAAAUAACCCUGGAUCCAAAUAAGGUUUGGUAGAUAACCUUACUUUACAAAACCUCCAAAAACUUCUCCCAAGCAAGCCCUUAAGCAAUCGCCAGUGUGGGCAUGGUCGCGAAAGUCUAUGCCCAGCAAUUUUUUGAGAGCCAUGGAAUAAGAAAAAUUUUUACACCCACAGUAACGAAAAAUGGGGUCCCAGGCAAAUAAAACUAGGAAACUAGACGCUGCGAAUCCUGUUCUUGUUAGUUCCUCCUCUCUAAGAUAACUUUUAAAAUAAAUGCCUACCUAUAUUUAAAUCUUUUACAUUUUGGAGACCUACCUAGAUGCCCAGUUUUUGGAUAUCGUUGCUUGAAACGAAAUGCAGCCUUUCAAUUUUUCAUUUCUUUUAUUUCUAAUAAAAGUAUAUAAAACAUGAGUUUACUGGGAUAAGAAGAGAGGGGUCACCAGCUCCACAGGAAGUCGAGCUGAACAGAUGCUUGCACGUAUUUCAUAUAAUUGUAAAAUCUUUAUCAUGUGCCAAGAAAUAUUUGGCUGUGAGAGGAUAGUUGCAAAAGCGACAACAUGGAAGGAACUCAUUCUAUUGUUGCUGUAAGCUCACUAACAAACUCAUUGUGAUCUCAUAGUUAAUGCUAUGGUUGGACCAAGAUCAUGGCUUGGAGGAAUCUUUUACCGCUCUGCUAAUAAGCGCAAUGCUGGUGGUGAAAAACCCCUUGAUUAUGUCCUCACUCCUCUUCAGGAGCAAAGAUUGCAAAGACUACAGGAACGGUUAAAUGUGCCUUUUGAUGAGACCCGACCAGAUCAUCAAGAAGCUCUCAGGGCAUUGUGGCAGGCUUCCUUUCCAGAUACAGAUCUUUCAGGCUUGGUAUCUGAGCAGUGGAAAGAUAUGGGAUGGCAGGGACCAAAUCCAUCGACUGACUUUAGAGGUUGUGGGUUUGUUUCACUUGAGAACCUUCUGUUUUUUGCUCGGACUUAUCCGGCUUCUUAUAAUAGGAUAUUAUUCAAGCAAGAAGGGAUGCGAUCUGCAUGGGAGUACCCCUUUGCUGUUGCAGGCAUUAAUGUUUCAUUUAUGUUAAUCCAGAUGUUGGAUCUGUACUCAGCAAAGCCCAAAUCGCUUCCAGGUGUGAACUUUUUAAAAAUUUUGUCAGAAGAUGAAGCAGCCUUUGAUGUACUGUACUGCAUAGCGUUUCAAAUGAUGGAUGCCCAAUGGCUCGCAAUGCGUGCUUCUUACCUUCAGUUUAAGGAGGUAAUACAUGCAACAAGAAUUCAGUUAGAGAGGGAACUUUCUUUAGAUGAUAUCCACCGGAUUCGUGAUUUACCAGCCUACAAUUUGUUAUACAAAUAGUUUCAUCUUGAUUCAGCUGUAAAUGCUUGCAAUUACUGAGUGGUUAUUAUUAAGUAUCCCUUUUUAUGUUGGGACAAAAAUGAUGGGUUGUUUGCAGAGCCUUCAGCAAUCUCGAGUGUGUUACGGUGGUUCCUGUCAAGCUAGAGGUCAGUCAACCAUGUGUGAUUCACCUACAGUCAGAAAUUUGGUAUGUAGCAUUUUAGGAAUAUACGAAGGGUACGGUCAAAAUGGAAAUUUGCGCGAGCUGUAUGUGUUAUUUUAAUAACCGACCUUUUCUGAAAAUGUUUAUUUAGGAAGAAUGUUUCUUUUUAAUUCUUUUCCGUUCACUGUAAUCUAGGUCACAAUAUUUAAAAAUGCAGAAAGAGGACAGCCAGGAAACAAAUAAA